GAGAAAAUGGCAGACGUCUCUUUGGAUGAAGUGAUACGACAGCGCGGUAUUAACCUCAAGGCACCAGCUAAACGCCCCAUGUUCGGACGAGGUGCAGGAGGAGUUGGCAAGAGUUUUGAUGCCCGACAAAAGAUUGGUGUCAACGAUGUCAGGCAGCGGCUUGGAGGAGGAGCAGGAUUUCAAGUGAAAGAUGCCAGAGAAAAGCUUGGUCAGAAAGAUGCUCGCUUCAAAAUCCGUGGCAGGGGAGGAGCAGGCGGAGUGCAGGAUGCUCGUCAGAUGAUCAACUCACGCAAACAGGGGCAGAGUCAGUUUGGUGUCCCUGCACAGACCAUGCAAAUGACAGCUGUAACACACCAACUACAGAGCCAGACGCUUGUGCCACAGAUACAGAUUCACACUAGCAACCAUCUUGCUGGUGUGAACACAAGGCAGUUUGGCCCUAAUGUACAAGGACUGACUGUGAGGGGCAGUGCAACGCCGCAGCUGAGCAGUAAUAAGAGAAUGAUGGAUGCUCGUGAUAGGCUGAGCCUCAAGAGAAGCAUCGGAGGAACACAGACACAGUCAGCUGCUGCACCACCCCUAAAAAUUACCAAGACCAUCCAGCAGCGUCCAGUAGGGAUGUCAGGUGGAAUACGUGCAGCUACACAGCCUGUCUCAAAUGAGCAUGAUGGCAUCUCCAGUAAACAAAUUAAGAUCACUACAACUAAUAGUAUGCUACAAUCACGGUCUGGUGCACUGGGCUCCACAUUCUCCAUGUCAGCCCCAAUCACCAAGGUGGUUAAAAAUGAUGCAUACACAGCACCGUGUCCUCCUGUCCCUGUGGCUCCCACCCGGCCCAACACCAGCAUGGCUGCUGCCAGGUCCUCAGCUGCAGCUUUACAACCAGUCUCCAGGACUCUGCAGCAAAGUGCAACAGAAACCAGCACAACAGCUCCUACUCCCCCUCAGCCUGCUUUCAGUCCUUUGGAGGGGACAAAAAUAACAGUGAACAACCUGCAUCCCCGAGUCACUGAGGAAGACAUAGUUGAGCUGUUCUGUGUGUGUGGAGCCUUGAAGCGAGCACGACUGGUGAAGGUGGGCGUGGCUGAAGUGGUGUUUGUACGUAAAGAGGACGCCGUGAGCGCAUACAGGAAGUACAAUAACCGCUGCCUGGACGGCCAACCCAUGAAGUGUAACCUUCACAUUCAGGGAAAUGUCAUCACUUCUGAUCAGCCCAUUCUAUUGAGGCUCAGUGACACUCCAGGCACAGGCGGCGGUACAAAAAAAGACGGUCUGCCUUCCUCUUUAGCUCGCCCCUCUGGGCAGCGAGCCUCCUCUCAGCCCACUCCAGAGGUGGACCCCCAGACCAUCCUCAAAGCUCUGUUCAAGUCCACCACCCAGUCAGCCUCCACCACUGAGCCCCCCAGCUCGCAGGCCACUGCCUUUCGCAUCAAGAUAUAGCUCAUGUCUAGCGUGAAUACACUGUUCAUAAACAUAUAACUGCAUUCUCAGUGUUCACAUACAAACUGUGUUUUUCGCCUUGACAGCAGGCCGCCCGCGUCCUCUCAUAUGAAACUGAUUUUUACACAUUUGAUAUACAUGACUUCUCUGAACUUGAAAUUCAUGGACAAGCAACAUCUUGUUUUCGGUUUCGUGGUAUCCGAAUGUCACCUGUUUGUUGCUGAGAUGGACCAGUGGAAGGAAGUGCGAUGUGAUUUGUUGUUUUAUCCAAUGUUGUGGGGGACGCCAUAUCAAGCAGGAUGUGUAGGGUUUUUGAAUGAAUGACGUCUUUUGAUGCCAGCCUAUUUGGAUAUCUUGAGUUUUUUUUUUUUUUUUAUUCUCCAGUUUAACUCCACCUACCCUGCCUUCCAAAAAAACAAAACAAAGAAAGAAAGACCUAAAAAAAGACCAAUUGACAGACAUUAAGCAACAUUGUCAUUACUGAGAGGUACAUUGUGUUUAAGGUCCACACAUGUGUGUUCAGUUACAUUGUACCUCAUUUUGGAUUUUCCCGGGUGUGUACAGACUGUAGAGAUAAAAGGGAAUAUAGAAAAAAACAACACAAUACAGUAGACACCAUGUCUGUCCAGUUAGGCGGCACAGUGAAGUUGUCCUUAGCAAAUCCUCGCCACAACCCUUCCUGACUUCAACCUGAGAAAAGGUCUUCCUCGCCGAAAUAACUAAAAAAAAACACUUGUGAUUAAAUCAGGGAUAGACAAAAACUAAAAUACCAUACCAAUUUCAAUAAACUAGUUAUCAGUCAUGUUGGUAUUUUUGUUGGUUUUUAACCAUCGUGGUGGCAUCCAGACUCUUCUGUGCUCUGUGACGGGUUUUACUCGGUUGUCCAGUUUUGAAGCAGUAUGUGUUUAAUUCUUUCUAGUAUACAUUACAUGUGAUUAAUUUUCAAAGACUGUAAAUUACUUUCUGUUGCUUUCUUGGUGUGUCAGUCAAGAAGAUACUGGAGAGGUCAGAUCUGUCUGUGAAAUGUUGCCAUUAAAUAUUUAGCUUUGUA